AUGGAGAGCACCCGCCUGCGGUUGCUGCCGCUUCUGGGCGCCGCCCUGCUGCUGCUAUUACCUCUGCUGGGCGCCCGUGCCCAGGAGGACGCUGAGCUCCAGCCCCGAGCCCUGGACAUCUACUCCGCCGUGGAGGACGCCUCCCACGAGAAGGAACUGAUCGAAGCGCUGCAGGAAGUCCUGAAGAAGCUCAAGAGUAAACGCAUUCCCAUCUAUGAGAAGAAGUACGGCCAAGUCCCCAUGUGUGACGCUGGGGAGCAGUGUGCAGUGCGAAAAGGAGCCAGGAUUGGGAAGCUGUGUGACUGUCCCCGAGGAACCUCCUGCAAUUCCUUCCUCCUGAAGUGCUUAUGAAGGGGUGCCCACCCUCCCCAUACAUCCCCACUCCCCUUACUUUCCCCAAGAGGACAAGCCUUGAUCUCUGGAACUUGGCUUUAGCAACAAAGUUUGCAUUUCCCUCUGUGGGCCCAGGGGCUGUUUUGCUGUUUCCAAA